GUAGGGUUGGAACUAAAAUAUGCAGGACAGGUGCCUUCCAAGAACAAUGUUCGAGACCCAUGCUGUAGGUCCUUUGAUCUUACAGCAUGCCGUCACCGACAAAAGCAUUAAGUCUUUAAAAUCAGCAUUGUUUGGUAAUCUCACCUAUCAUACUCCGUAACCGUUAUCUCAUAUCAGCUCGGAUUCAUUUUAAUUUUGUGUGCGUAGGUCUCAAAGGUGAGUAUUUUAACAUUGAUUUUAGCCAUAUUGAUGAGUUUGAAAUGGGAGUGACCAGCUUAUACAGCCGGAGGAGGUGAAUAGACCUCUCUGGUUAAUGUUUCACUCUUCUCAUAGGAACAACACACACGGUCACAACGAUCUGAAUUCAUGGAGGAACUCUAUCAAAUUUCUUCAAAUACAUCUAGAGACGAAUAACAAAGGCAGCUCGUGUGAAAUUAUAGAUUAGUGUCGCACAAAGGUUGUCAUUGUUUUUAUCAUUUAUUAAGGUUUUUCUUUACAUUUAUCGGAAGCAGUGAUCUUGUUUUUGCUCUAUGUAUGGACGACUGAUGGUUUAAUAUGAACGAGAGACUCGAGCGGUGUUUUGUGUGAAAUAGCUCAGUCCUGCUGAAGCAUAUUUCCAGAGCUAAUGAGUAGUAGAUGCUGAACCGUUUCACCUGGGAAGUGACUAAACUGACCACCAUAUAACACCCAGAUCCUGCAGGGGAAAGGAAUAUUAAGCAUUCAACCAAACAGUGUCUGGUGAAUCAAAAAUCUAUCAUUAUCAUCUCUAAAAUAUUUUCAUGGGCCGUAUUUUUCACAAUCCACCACAACCACAUAAUGAACAGGAGAGAGAUUUAUUGGAGGAAGGAACAGAACGAACGACACCACCACCGACAGACCCUCAUAUGAUUUGUACUAAUCAAUCAACAAAUCAAAUCCUUGCUGACCUGCUUCAACAUCUACCCCACUUCAUGAAGACCAGAUAAGAAAGAAACUAAACAAUGAGGUUUCAUUUGAGGUUUCACGUGCGCUGCCUGGUUUUAAUGGGUUUCAGUUGUGUCAUUUCUACCUAUGGCCCAGUUCAGAGGGCUCAGAAGACCGGUGACAUACUGUUGGGAGGGCUUUUCCCAAUACACUUUGGUGUUGCCUCUAAAGACCAGGAUCUCGCAGCGAGGCCAGAGUCAACAGAAUGUAUGAGGUACAACUUUCGUGGGUUCCGCUGGCUUCAAGCUAUGAUUUUUGCUAUCGAGGAGAUCAACAACAGCUCUACUCUUCUUCCAAACAUCACGCUUGGUUACCGUAUAUUUGACACAUGCAACACCGUCUCAAAAGCUCUGGAGGCAUCACUGAGUUUUGUCGCACAGAAUAAGAUCGAUUCGCUCAACUUGGAUGAAUUCUGUAACUGCACAGGAAACAUCCCAUCAACUAUCGCAGUGGUCGGGGCAUCCGGAUCCGCCGUCUCUACGGCAGUCGCUGACCUCGUUGGCCUCUUUUAUAUUCCUCAGAUCAGCUAUGCCUCAUCCAGUCGCCUUUUAAGCAACAAGAAUCAGUACAAAUCUUUCAUGAGAACCAUCCCCACAGAUGAGUACCAAGCCAUCGCCAUGGCUGCCAUCAUAGACCACUUCCAAUGGAACUGGGUGAUCGCCAUUGCCUCCGACGAUGAGUACGGCCGCCCGGGGAUCGAGAAGUUCGAGAACGAAAUGUUUCACAGGGACAUCUGCAUCGAUCUCAACGUUUUAAUUUCACAGUACACUGACGAAGCUGAGAUUCGUCGUCUGGCAGACCGCAUCGAAAACUCCACUGCCAAGGUCAUUGCCGUUUUCGCCAGUGGGCCCGAUAUCGAGCCACUGGUUAAAGAGAUGGUCAGGCGAAACGUCACAGACCGGGUCUGGUUGGCGAGCGAAGCCUGGGCCAGCUCAAGCCUGGUCGCCAAGCCCGAGUAUCUUGACGUCAUGGGCGGAACCAUAGGCUUCGUGUUAAGGGCUGGGGAAAUACCUGGCUUUAAAGAAUUCUUACAGCAAGUCCAUCCAAAGCAGUCGAGUCAUAACGAAUUUGUGAGGGAAUUUUGGGAGGAGACCUUUAACUGUUACCUGGAAGACAGCCUAAGGAAUGAGGACAGUGAGAAUGGCAGUACGAGUUUCAGGCCAUUGUGCACCGGAGAUGAAGACAUCGCGAGUGUGGAGACGCCGUACCUGGACUAUACGCACCUAAGGAUUUCCUACAAUGUCUAUGUGGCUGUUUAUGCCAUAGCGCAGGCGCUUCAGGACAUCCUGAACUGUACACCUGGGAAAGGACUGUUUGCUAACGGCUCUUGUGCUGAUAUUCGGAAAGUGGAAGCAUGGCAGGUUCUGAAACAACUGAGACACCUCAACUUCAUCAACAGCAUGGGGGAGAGAGUGCGUUUCGACAACGGCAGUGAGGUCUCUGCAAAUUAUACAAUCAUAAACUGGCAUCGCUCAUCUGAGGACGGAUCUGUUGUGUUUGAAGAAGUCGGUUAUUACAGCAUACAUAACAAGAAUGGAGCCAAAUUGUCCAUAGAUAAGACAAAAGUCCUGUGGAAUGGCCAUUCAACUGAGGUGCCGUUUUCUAACUGUAGUGAGGAGUGUGAACCUGGAACCAGGAAAGGAAUUAUUGAUGGUGAACCUACGUGCUGCUUCGAGUGUACUGAAUGCUCAGAUGGAGAGUACAGUGAUAAUAAAGAUGCCAGCGUUUGUUCCAAGUGUCCCAACAACUCUUGGUCUAAUGGCAAUCACACGUCCUGCUUUCUAAAGGAGAUUGAAUUUCUGUCUUGGACCGAACCUUUUGGAAUUGCUUUGGCCUUGUUCUCAGUACUCGGUGUCCUAUUAACGGCGUUUGUACUGGGUGUUUUUGUGCAGUUUCGUGACACCCCCAUUGUGAAAGCCUCAAACCGGGAACUGUCGUACCUUCUUCUUUUCUCACUUAUCUGUUGUUUCUCCAGUUCCCUCAUUUUCAUUGGUGAACCUCAGGAUUGGACAUGCCGCGUACGGCAGCCGGCUUUCGGAAUCAGUUUUGUGUUGUGCAUUUCCUGCAUUUUAGUUAAAACCAACAGGGUCCUGCUGGUAUUUGAAGCCAAAAUCCCCACCAGUGUCCACCGUAAAUGGUGGGGGCUCAACCUGCAGUUUUUAUUGGUCUUCCUUUUCACGUUUGUGCAGGUCAUGAUCUCCGUGGUUUGGCUGUACAAUGCUCCACCAGGCAGUUACAGGAAUUAUGACAUCGAUGAGAUCAUCUUCAUUACGUGCAAUGAGGGCUCCAUGAUGGCAUUAGGAUUCCUUAUCGGCUACACCUGCCUGCUGGCGGCCAUCUGUUUCUUCUUUGCGUUUAAGUCUCGGAAGCUGCCCGAAAACUUCACUGAGGCCAAGUUCAUCACGUUUAGCAUGUUGAUCUUCUUUAUUGUCUGGAUCUCCUUCAUCCCCGCGUACUUCAGCACAUACGGCAAGUUUGUCUCGGCGGUCGAGGUCAUUGCCAUCCUGGCCUCCAGCUUCAGUUUGCUGGCUUGUAUCUUUUUCAACAAGGUCUACAUAAUUCUCUUCAAACCGUCCAGGAACACAAUCGAGGAGGUUCGCUGUUGCACGGCAGCUCACGCUUUCAAAGCAGCAGCAAAAGCAACGCUACGACACAGCUCCACAUCCAGAAUAAGGUCGAGCAGUGUCGGAGGCUCCUCUGCCUCUUCGCCCUCCUCAUCCAUCAGUCUGAAGACCAAUGGCAAUGAAACUGAGUCACCACUUGCACGCAGGCAAAGUCAGAAACCGAGGGUGAGCUUUGGUAGCGGAACAGUCAGUUUCUCCUUGAGCUUUGAGGAAUCUAGAAAGAACUCUGUGAAAUAAACAAGAACUGCUUUGUAAACAAUUACAGACUUUGUACUAGAUUUCUACUUUUCAUUCUUUCGAUCUAUGAAUCAUAUUUUGGAAACAAAUGAUUCCACAAAAUUUGGGAACAGACUGAACUUGAAAUCUUGGCAUGAACUGAUUUCUGUCAACAACACUUAAACCCCCCACAACAGGGCGCAAAGGGGGGGAAGUUUCCGGAAACUUUCCAUGAGAACUUAAUCUGGGGAAUUAUGGAAAAUUCCAAAUUGGAAACUUAACAGGAAUGUAUGGUAAUUUAAAACAUAAAUAAACCUCUUGUUUGGUCAUAAGCAGACACCCAUACAAGGUAAUAUAAAUUUGGAAGAAUCCUAAAACUUGUGCUCAUCAAACCUGGAUUUAUUUGAUCAAAAUCCUUCAGAAAUUAUUCAUAUUGGAAUGCAGACUUGAUGAGCAUAAGAGACUUCUUUCAAAAACAUUAAAAUAGUCAUUUCCAGACUAAAAUAGUAAUCCAAACUUUGGGUGGUAAAGUAAUUCUGUAUGAUGAUAAAAUAAUGUCUAGCAAAAUGUAGAAGAGAGCAUCACAGCUUGAGCUAACUACAUGAGAGCUAGUCUAAUAAAUAUUCAGUGAAAUGGUGUUAGCUUACAUUUAAAUAUCUGAUUUAUUGACAAGCUAGCUAUUAUCAAAACCUAUGAGUUGAUGUAGUCCUUGGGCUCAAAUGCAGCAAGUGUGGCUUCUGUGGUAGUCAUGGUCUGGAAAAGGAGGGGAAUCCCCCCCUUAAGUGAUAUAUGGAGGAUUUUUUAAAUUAUAUUAAGUGUGUGGGGGGAGGGUGAUUUUUAGACGCUACUUUUUAAAAUGUCUCAACCUAAAUGUUUUCGCAGUCAGUGUAUUUGUCGUUACAACGAUAUAAUGUUGUUGUAUACUUGCCUGCACACAGCACAAGGAAGUUUUAAACAAAUGUAUGUAAUUUACGUGAAUACUUGUAAAGAUGGACAUUUUGAUAUGAUUUUGUGUGCGGGAUUCAAGAAAUUAUCUGGGCAUGUUUGGGAAGAAUGCAAGUACAUUCAGAAGGUGUGGCCUCAAUGGCCGUUCAGUAAGCACUGUGCUUUGUGCAUGUGACUGGGGAAUGUGCAGGGUAGAAAUUCUGCUUAAAUUUUAUUAAAUCUUGUUGUUUUAAAUAAAAUAAUGUGCAAGAUUUUUAACUACAUUUAUGUUACAACUUUAUUGUUGUUGUUUACCAAAAUGGUCCAAACAGUUAGCCCCUUAGGUCAUCAUUAGGUCACAUUCUCAUACAGUAGGUUCUCUGUGGGUGUCAUUGUCACUUCAGAGAUCAAAGCGUCACGGGUUCUCCAUGUGAUAUCAUUUGUUUUGUUUUUGUUACAUGUAUAAAGGUCUACUCACACAGGCAGUACCUUGGGUUAA